GAAAAAAGGUGUGUCGCAGUCGAUGUCUCUUCAGUCUCGCUUCACCUCUAACCUUGAUGACGGAGCGAUAUUGUUGCCUAUCCUGUUCCAAAAGGAUCACUGCACCAGCUUCAUGUUUGUUGUUUUCAGAAGAUAUCGUCGCUGUAUGCCCUUCUCGAUCACCAGAAGGGGAAUCACUGCCCUGAUGGACCUCUCGACGUGUCGUCUCGCUUUACGUGUCACAGGAAUCAAAGACACCUUUUUACGAGAUUAAGAACCGACGUACUUAUAUGGCGCUUCUCUGACGUCAAAUUUUCACCGCUUUUCCGAAAGGACUCGGCUUUUUUAUUUCAACUCAAGCAACCGAACGCAAAAAAUGGAAGGAGCACGAACAAUAUCCCAGAUUUUGGAGGAAGUUCCGGUGCUCCAGACCUGGGAGCUUCCACGGACUUUCACAUUGGAGGAGAAUGCCAUGGUAUUUACGCGCGAGGAGUUCAGUGCCGCGGUUGCCACCGGGAGAGGCUUCGACGAUAUUUGGGCUGCGAGAGAAUCAAGCAGCGACGCAGAAUCGAGGAAGCUCCUUUUGCCGCGCGGCGACACUAUUUUUGCGAUGUCCCACUACGAUCCUGACGUUGUGCCGUGUGCGGAUUUUCAUUUGAGCCGCCUUGAGGAGGCAUUUCGCUUGAAGGCUGAGGAGCUCGCUCCGGAGCUGGAGAGUCCGUCUUCCAGCGAGAAAUACUGCGAGGCGUUGCAACGAUAUGCGGAUGAGGUUGUGGAUGGUUUGACGGGCCACGAAGAAAGUUGGAUAGAAUCGCUAGCUGCGCAGUGUGCCGAGGCAUUGAAAGCUGCAUGCGAUGCGUUUGAAAAAGAUGCCAACGACUUCCGCUCCGAGCGGGGCGGUUCGAGGUUUUUCAAUACGGAGUUUGGCGACAACUAUCAUUUCUUCAGCAAAUUCGAUGCCAUGUUUGACACAGACUACCUCAUAGGCAGAUAUUUUGAUGUCUCUCCGGUCGCAUUUAAAAUUCUCUAUGGCUUCUCUGGGGAGGUGGUCGCGGAACGUGAUGAUGACAUUAUCCUUCUCGAAAAACUUUUUGAUAAACGGUUUGGCCAAGACCCGAAUGACGUAGGGAAUUGCAAACCUUCCGUCGGGAAGUUUCUACGGUGGACGUGUCGGGAUUUGCUUGAAGAUGAUUUUGGAUCGCUGUUGGCAGUUGAGCAGCUUCCGUGUUGGGUGAGGCAUAUUGUACGUUCGGAUUUUUCGUUCGAGUUGGCAGAACGCGCGAAGAAGCGUCUCCAAGAAUUCUAUUCCGCGAGUAAUCAGCGGAGGGUCCUGCGACAGCUCGAGAGGCCGUGUCGCGCUCAGUUUUUCUGCGAUGAAGCCCCGGAACUCGGGGAUGUAAACCAGCUGGGCUUCAUAGACUUGAUGAAAUCAAUAACGAGGAAGCGCGAAGAAAGCGGCCUGCCUUUUCCCUUCACAGCUGAGCACGCCAUCCACUUCCGACUUGUUUUUCAGGAAGAGGACGAUGCGAGCAGUGACUCCGAAAUUGCGAUUGAUGAAGAAGAUGAUGACGAAGAGGAACUAGAUAGAUGAAUAAUACCAACAGCACGACGGUCAUUGAAAGCUGGUGAUACAAGAGAUAUUCACCUCUGGUUUUGUUUUUUUUGGAGCAAACGUGCAGAGCCACAACCAAUAGAAAUGGGGCGGGGCGCACCAGAUCACGCACUCC